CGCGCCGCAGUUCUACCCGCAGCAGCCGUCUCGAGCGCUCGCCGGAGCCAGAUCGCGCGGAGCCCGGGCGCGCUGUGCAGGAGUCACCCCGCGGGUUGCACCGGGCGGGGGUCGGGCUAGACCGAGCCGCGGGGCCCAGGAGCUGCAAGCUGCAGGCGGCGGCGGUGGCGGCCAUGGCGGGGCUCCCCUGAAGGAAGCGGCGAGGGAGGAGGAGGAGGAGAGGAGAAAUCUCUGCAUUCCCUCCACCCCAUCCCUGCGCGCGGACUCCCCGUCCGCCUCCCUCCUGUAUGCACCGCUGAGACCGCGCGAGGACUCUGGCAUCCACCGCAAGCCCCCCACGUUCCCCCCUUUUCUGUUGCAAACAAAGAGAAGAGAGAGGAGGGGAGAGAAAAUCUCCUUGGCUCGAGUAUGGCGGACCGCAGCCUUGAGAGCAUGUCCCUGCCUCUGGAGGUGAGAGCCAGGCUGGCUGAGCUGGAGCUGGAAUUAUCGGAAGGUGACAUCACACAGAAGGGAUAUGAAAAGAAGAGAUCAAAAUUAAUUGGGGCAUACCUGCCACAACCUCCGGCAGCGAAUGGAGCUGCCGCGGUACGGUGUAGACUGCAGCACAGUGAAGGAGCCGCAAGAAGAAUGCUCCGCACUGCCAACUUUGGGGUCUGUGACAUCCGGGAAGCAGCAGCUAGAGAGCGAGCGGCCAGCACAGCAGGAAACCGGCCCCUCUUUUACUUUCGUUUUGGGGUGGAUCAGGCAUUGCCACAAGAACGUCGAACUCCUGUUACCCCUUCCUCUUCCUCUCGAUAUCACCGUCGCAGGUCCUCAGGGUCACGGGAUGAGCGCUAUAGGUCAGAUGUCCAUACAGAAGCAGUUCAGGCAGCUCUUGCUAAACAUAAAGAAAGGAAGAUGGCAGUCCCCAUGCCAUCAAAACGACGUUCAUUGGUGGUGCAAACGUCAAUGGAUGCCUACACGCCUCCAGAUACCUCCUCUGGUUCAGAAGAUGAAGGCUCUGUACAGGGCGACUCCCAGGGAACUCCCACCUCAAGCCAGGGAAGUAUAAACAUGGAACACUGGAUCAGUCAAGCGAUCCAUGGUUCUACCACAUCUACCACUUCUUCCUCCUCGACACAAAGUGGAGGCAGUGGCGCUGCGCACAGGCUAGCUGAUGUUAUGGCUCAAACACAUAUAGAAAAUCAUUCUGCCCCUCCAGAUGUUACUACUUACACCUCAGAACACUCAAUACAAGUAGAAAGACCACAAGGAUCAACAGCAAGGGUGGCACCAAAAUAUGGCAAUGCUGAACUUAUGGAAACUGGUGAUGGAGUACCAGUGAGCAGCAGAGUGUCAGCAAAGAUUCAACAGCUGGUCAAUACCCUAAAACGACCCAAACGACCACCAUUACGAGAGUUCUUUGUAGAUGACUUUGAGGAAUUGUUAGAAGUUCAACAGCCAGAUCCAAACCAGCCAAAGCCAGAGGGAGCUCAGAUGUUGGCUAUGCGUGGGGAACAACUGGGUGUGGUUACAAAUUGGCCACCUUCUCUGGAAGCAGCAUUGCAGCGAUGGGGGACCAUUUCACCAAAAGCUCCUUGCCUAACCACUAUGGACACUAAUGGAAAACCAUUGUACAUUCUCACUUAUGGCAAACUUUGGACCAGAAGUAUGAAGGUUGCUUACAAUAUACUGCAUAAAUUAGGCACAAAACAAGAACCAAUGGUGCGUCCUGGAGACAGGGUAGCACUCGUAUUUCCUAACAAUGAUCCUGCUGCUUUUAUGGUAGCAUUUUAUGGCUGCCUACUGGCGGAAGUUGUCCCUGUCCCUAUUGAAGUGCCACUUACCAGAAAGGAUGCAGGAAGCCAACAAAUCGGUUUCUUACUUGGAAGCUGUGGUGUUACUGUGGCCUUGACUAGUGAUGCAUGCCAUAAAGGACUGCCUAAAAGCCCUACAGGGGAGAUACCACAGUUUAAAGGGUGGCCAAAGCUGCUAUGGUUUGUCACAGAAUCUAAACAUCUUUCUAAACCUCCUCGUGACUGGUUCCCACAUAUCAAGGAUGCAAACAAUGACACAGCUUACAUAGAGUACAAAACGUGUAAAGAUGGAAGUGUGCUUGGGGUGACUGUGACAAGAAUUGCACUGCUGACCCACUGUCAAGCUCUUACACAAGCAUGUGGAUAUACAGAAGCUGAAACAAUUGUGAAUGUACUAGAUUUCAAGAAGGAUGUUGGCUUAUGGCAUGGGAUUCUUACGAGCGUCAUGAACAUGAUGCACGUUAUAAGUAUCCCAUAUUCCUUAAUGAAAGUGAAUCCACUAUCAUGGAUACAGAAAGUCUGCCAGUACAAAGCAAAAGUCGCUUGUGUAAAAUCCAGGGACAUGCACUGGGCAUUAGUGGCACAUCGAGAUCAAAGAGAUAUCAACCUUUCCUCAUUGCGAAUGCUAAUAGUGGCCGAUGGCGCAAAUCCUUGGUCUAUUUCUUCCUGUGAUGCAUUUCUUAAUGUCUUCCAAAGUAAAGGCCUAAGACAGGAGGUCAUUUGUCCUUGUGCCAGUUCACCAGAAGCUCUCACUGUGGCUAUUCGAAGGCCAACAGAUGACAGCAAUCAGCCUCCAGGCAGGGGAGUUUUGUCCAUGCAUGGUCUCACCUACGGAGUAAUUAGAGUGGAUUCUGAAGAAAAGCUUUCUGUCCUGACUGUGCAAGAUGUGGGCUUGGUGAUGCCAGGAGCUAUAAUGUGUGCAGUGAGACCAGAUGGAAUUCCUCAGCUCUGUAGAACAGACGAAAUAGGCGAACUUUGUGUAUGUGCUAUUGCAACAGGUACAUCAUAUUAUGGACUCUCAGGCAUGACCAAGAAUACUUUUGAGGUGUUUCCUAUGACCAGUUCAGGAGCUCCUAUAAGUGAAUACCCUUUUAUAAGGACAGGAUUACUAGGAUUUAUUGGACCAGGAGGGCUUGUCUUCGUUGUGGGCAAAAUGGAUGGUCUAAUGGUGGUCAGUGGAAGAAGACAUAAUGCUGAUGACAUUGUAGCAACAGCCCUGGCUGUAGAACCAAUGAAGUUUGUCUACAGAGGAAGAAUAGCAGUGUUUUCAGUGAGUGUCCUUCAUGAUGAAAGGAUAGUUAUUGUUGCUGAGCAAAGGCCGGAUUCCACAGAGGAAGACAGCUUUCAGUGGAUGAGCAGAGUUCUCCAGGCUAUUGACAGUAUCCAUCAAGUGGGUGUUUACUGCUUAGCACUGGUACCAGCAAACACGCUCCCUAAGACCCCUUUAGGCGGCAUACACUUAUCAGAAACCAAACAACUUUUUUUGGAAGGCUCGUUGCAUCCCUGUAACGUAUUGAUGUGCCCACAUACCUGUGUAACAAACCUGCCUAAACCACGACAAAAACAGCCAGAAAUUGGCCCUGCCUCUGUGAUGGUGGGGAACCUGGUCUCUGGAAAAAGAAUUGCUCAGGCUAGUGGCAGAGAUCUGGGACAGAUAGAAGACAACGAUCAGGCCAGAAAGUUCCUAUUCCUCUCAGAAGUUUUACAGUGGAGAGCUCAAACCACUCCUGACCAUGUGCUUUACACGCUACUUAACUGUAGGGGAACAAUAGCCAAUUCCCUAACCUGUGCCCAGCUACAUAAACGAGCAGAGAAGAUAGCAGUCAUGCUGAUGGAAAGGGGACACUUACAAGAUGGAGACCAUGUGGCUUUGGUCUACCCACCAGGAAUAGACCUGAUUGCAGCAUUUUAUGGUUGCCUGUAUGCGGGCUGUGUGCCAAUAACCGUUCGACCUCCACAUCCACAGAACAUCGCAACAACAUUACCUACAGUGAAAAUGAUUGUGGAGGUGAGUCGCUCUGCCUGUUUAAUGACUACACAAUUAAUAUGUAAAUUGUUACGGUCACGAGAGGCGGCAGCAGCAGUGGAUGUCAGAACGUGGCCUCCUGUACUAGAUACAGAUGACUUGCCAAAGAAGCGGCCUGCUCAAAUCUACAAACCUUCUAACCCUGACACACUGGCUUAUCUUGAUUUUAGUGUGUCCACAACUGGAAUGCUAGCUGGGGUAAAGAUGUCCCAUGCAGCCACUAGUGCCUUUUGUCGUUCUAUUAAGCUGCAGUGUGAGCUUUACCCCUCUAGAGAAGUAGCUAUCUGUUUGGACCCUUACUGUGGACUUGGGUUUGUCCUCUGGUGCCUCUGCAGCGUUUAUUCAGGACACCAGUCUAUUCUGAUUCCUCCCUCAGAAUUGGAGACCAAUCCUGCUCUAUGGCUUCUAGCUGUGAGUCAGUACAAAGUGAGAGACACUUUUUGUUCCUAUUCAGUCAUGGAGCUUUGUACCAAGGGACUCGGUUCACAAACAGAAUCACUGAAGGGAAGGGGACUGGACCUCUCACGUGUACGGACAUGUGUUGUCGUGGCAGAAGAACGGCCCCGAAUAGCUCUCACUCAGUCAUUUUCAAAAUUAUUUAAAGACCUGGGUCUCCAUCCACGGGCUGUUAGCACAUCGUUUGGCUGUAGAGUUAACCUGGCUAUAUGUUUGCAGAUUUAAGCUGUGUCAGCACAAAAUAAGAGGCAAGCCCAGCCCAUUAAGCCCAGGAGAGAACUGACGUGGCUACUCAGGUUGGCAGAGAUCUUUGGGUGUGCUUGAAUAGUUUAACAGCAGGCACCUCAAUCCAUAGGAGGAAUUAAAAGUAUGUACAUGAUUUUUUUUUAAAUAGCUUUGAGUAGAAAACUGCUUAGUCGCUGUUUUGAAGUAGUCUACGCUUGUAGCAUUGCUCUGUAAAUCACUCUUAGGGGGAGAAUGGCUCUUAAAGCAUUUAAGCAAGGAAGAUGUCAAGUGUGUUUUGAAGUAAUAGUGGAGCCGUUAUUUAUAAAAGUAACUGCAAUAUAUGGCCUUUCAAUAGAAAAUGUAAUAAUGCCAAAAUCCUCUGGAAUAUUUGGCAGGGUUGCUUCCUUUAAAGCGGCUGGUACUGUCGACCAUCAAAGACUGGAUUCUGGGAAAGGUGGACUACUGUUCUGAUUCAGUAUAGCAGUUCCUAUGACUUGUAGUGUGCAGGUGACUUGACUGAAGAGAGUAUUCUGUUUCUAGAUGGCAGGUUGAAGAGCAGGAUGGGUCUUAAUCCUUUCUCAGCAAGGUUCUUUAAAUUAGCAUCUCUUCAGCAUAUUCAGGAAGUGGUCCUUGUUUGCUGGGGUCUUAAUGCUGUGCUUCAGAAAAAUGCUUUUGUACGUUUCUGAGCCAGUGGGAUCUGUCUUUGUUUUUAUUCUUACAAUUGGUGUAAUCCUCCCUUCUACCUUGUAUUCAUUAUAUGAAAGAAGAUGGAGGAAUUAUUGACAUCUAUCAAUAUAUAGUCAUUGAAACCUUACUUUCCAUAAGGCUGGUCAUCAGACCCAUUUGAGGUCCCUCCUAAAAUUUGCACCUAGGUGUUAUCUUUAUCAAAAGGUGUUAAUGCUCACCAUUUGCCACUUCUCCGGAGAGAGGCCUAUCCUGAUUGUCUUCAGAGUGAGUUACCUUUUUAUUUGACUUGGAUUCAAUCUCUUAUUCCUCUUUUACUUUAAUUCCAUCAAUAGAAGAUCCUAUAGAUUGAUUAUUCCAAAGGGUCAUUAGAGGGUCUUGAGGGGCUGAGCAUAUCCUAUGUUUAUGUUCAGAUAGGGAAUGCACAGUGUGUGUGCUUUUGCUAGAAGUCACUGAGUGAAUAACACACAUAUUCUGGAAGCAGUCUUCAGCAACAGGGCAAUGCUGUUCUGUAAAUAGUUCUACGUUGUUCAUCUAGUUAUCUUGGAAUUGCUAGUUUCUUUAAUUUUUCCUCUUUCAGACUAGUGACAAAUGAAGGACACAAAUAUUUUACCUAAAAAGUGCUCUGAUUUUUUGAACAAGCUCCUUCUAUUUUUUCCUUUAAAGUGAGGCGGUAUGUAAAGAAGAAAUAACGAAUUUUGGAGCAUGUUUAUCAAUCUUGUUUUAUGAAUAUAUACUUGGAAAAGGCAGGCAUCCUAAUAAUCCCCUUGAUACAAAACAGUUUUAUACUAGUAAACUAAUGGUAAUCUUAGUAUUCCACCAUAUGGAAUAUUAUGGGACUAAUAUACUGACGCUGAAUAUAUUCCUUCUGGCUAAUUUUAGACAGAAUUACCGUAUGUCACUAAGGUGUUGAGGCACCUAAAGAUACAGAUAGGUAUUUUUGAAAAUUGUAGGCACCUAAAUGCCUUUACAAAUCUAGCACCUUAUUACUAAAAGUCAGAUAGGUAUUUGGUAAAGGUAUUUCUGAGAUAAGUAGAUUGGAUAUAGCAUAUUUUACUUCUCAUGUACAAUUUCCUUAGUAUUCUCUAAAGAAAUAGAAAAGUAGGGAUGAGCUAUUACCAAGGCAGAGAUGCUCCUCCAGAAUUUUUAGCUUUGUAGGCUAGCUUUCAUUUAAAUACUUGGAAUUUAUUUAUUAAGUUUUUAGUGGGGGGAGAAGGAGUGGCACAAAAAGGCAUUGAAGUUCAAAUUACAACUCCCAUGCUUAAUUAUCCUGAGAUAAAAUCUUUUUUCCAGAGAAUCACUUUGUUAUUAACCUCCACUGGAGAAGAAAAUGCCUUCAGCCACAUUUGUUCCUUUGAAAGAAAAUGAUCAAGUACAUUUUUGUUGCACUAUAAUUAGAAAAGUUACUCGACUCUUCAUUUAGUUUUUUUUAGUUGAGGAAAACUGUAUAUUGAUGCUUCACUCCAGUUAACACCUACAUAUUAAUUGCUUUGACUGAGAAUUCUAUUAGUAAAAUAUUUUAGGAGACAAUGCUUGUUUGUAUCUUUUGCCUUAGUAAAAGAUCACACUUUUGAGGAUCUCCUACACCAGGAAUAAUGUGGGGUUGCUUUUAGAGAACUAGAACCACUCUGAUAGAGAACUAUUCAUUUUUUAUGUAUAUUUCUUCAAAUGAUAGUAAAUUCUUGACAUGUAUGAUUUUGUACUUGCAUAUGUAGUACAAAUCCUUCAGAUAGUGUUGCCAAAUCUCGAGAUUUUCUGGUGAGUCAUGAGAUAGAGUGACUUUCUUAAAUCUCCAUCGGCUGCAAUUAUGUUAGGCUACGUCUAUAUUAGUGAGCCUAUGUCAGUAUAGGAGGUUUUCUGUUGGGGUAGAAACACAUGACAACACAUCCCCAAAUGACAUUAGCCCUCUUCCGUUGACAAAGCUGCAUCUACACUGGAAGAUUUGUUUGCAUAGCUAUUUGGUCAGAUGUGUGGUAUUGUCAUACCCCUAACCAACAUAGCUAUGGCGGUAUAACUUUUCAACAUAAACCAAGACUUACUUGAGAUUCUCAGAUAUUCAUGAAAAAGUAAAUUUUUAAGUCUCAUGGUUCCAGAGCAGCCUGAAAAUGUGAACCCUAAAGACGCCCACACCAGAAGGCAAAUUAAAAGAACCCAACUCUUAUCUUUUGAAAAUCUCAUGAUUUUUUGUUGCCUAAUUCAUGACUUUUAAACACUUGUGGUUGGCAAUAUUGUACAUACACAAUUGUCCCUGACUUCAAUAGAAGUUAGGCUCAUACAUCUCAGAGGGAAAGAUUUAUCCCUACAUGAGUGUUUUUUUUCUUCUUCUAAACAUCAGACACAAGAAAGAAUAUGCUUGCUGGCUUUGUAUGACCACUAUAAAGAAGAAUCUAUAAAAUAUAUCUUGUUGUUUCUAAUCAAGAGUUAAAGUUUCACACUAAGUGAAUUUGUAUACACAGGGUUAAUGUUUCAGCCAGAUCUCAACCCACCCUCUAAUUCAAUGGGCACAGUGGGUGGGUAGCAAAGUCAUCUAACUACCAGAUUUACAUGUGUCCACAGAAUUAGAGGACAGUGUUGAAAAUUAAAUGUUGUCCAUUGAGCUCAUAUGAGGUCAGUUAAGGGUAUUUUUAGAAGUCAACUCUGAAAUUGGAGUGUUACAUUUUUGCAUUGGUAUAUACGUUUGGUCAUGGACUUACUGCGCUUAAGCUGGUCUCAUGCUUAGUUGCAGUUUUAUAGUAUAUGGUGAAACUUGCACAUUAUUAUCUAUAUGGCUAUUCUCAGGCAGCAAUGUAAUAUACAAACAUGUCCUAUUUAAAAUUCCUCCCUCUUUCCCUUCAUUCAAAAUAUACCAAUUUUUAGCUGUUGCUAUGGCAAUUUCCUAUAGGCUAAGGAGUUGACAGUCUAGUUCUGUGGGUGCUAAUAUUUUUAUUAAAGCGGUGCACCUGGAAUUGUCUAACUUCACCGAUCACAGGCCAAGUCCCAUGCUGCCCUUCGGAGUUUAGGUUUUCCACAUGCCAGCACAGUGAGUGGUUGCUACAUCACCAGAGUGUCUGAAACAACAGGCUUAGUAACAGAGGAAUAAUUAUCACUGUAUUUUUUAUUGUUACUUCACUGUAAUGUUGAAUCUUGAUGUUGAACUAUUUGCUUUUUAUUAGUAUUUACUUUUACUGCUUCACACCCUGCAUUCCAGGGUUUGUGGACAAAGAAUGAAGGAGUUUUGUAGUACUGAGUUACAUAAUUAGUUUUGAACAUGUAGAAAUCAGACUAUACAAGAAGACUUGAUUUUAUUCUACCCUAUGAGCAGGUUAAUCUGUGUGAAAAAUGUGUAAGUAUCCUUUUUUCCUCCAUUGCCAACUAAUUUUGCCAAAAACAAAACAAAACCCAGAGAUACUUACUGCUUUUAAGGGGGAAAAGUAAUCACUAACAGCCUUUAUUUGUUAGAGUAAUGGCAAACUUGGAGCCCCUGUUUCAAUGUAUGUGCAUUUAAAAUAGCGAGUCUAUAAUAUUUACUUACACUUACAAAUGAAAGAUAGCGUGCUUAACCUAAAUUGUCUACUAACAUUGUCUGCAGUGUCCUAAAAUCACUUAAGUCUGUUUGUCUAAGGUUAACAGUCUGUUGCUGUCUCUUCUGUUGCUCUACUAAAAUAUCGACACCUCAUUUUUUUACUUUUUUUUUUAAACCUUUAAUGGUAAAAUAGUUAAUUUGUAAGAUUCCUGUAUUUGACAUUGUUUUUCUUUUUAUUUUACUCCCCGCUUUUUGCAUUUCCUCUCUUUUUUUUCCCCUCCCACCCUUCAUUCCCAUAUGUCGUUAUUAUUUUUGUCUUGUGUUACUUUCUUUCCUUCUCUCCCUCAUCCCUGCUAUUCC